UGCGCCGCGGGGCAGGUUGGGAAUGCUUACAGCCGGCGGCGGCGGCGGCGGCGGUAGCGCCGGCCCUGCCGUCGCUAUGAACGAGUCUGUGGUACGACGGACGCAGGAGUGCUUGGGACAAGUGAUCCGCAAGCCGCCCUUGACGGAUCGGCUGCUGAGUAAGCCGCCCUUCCGCUACCUGCACGACGUGAUCACCGAGGUGAUCAGAGUGACAGGAUUCAUGAAAGGGCUUUACACGGAUUUUGAAUUGAAAUCAGAUAAUGUAAAGGAUAAAGAUGCCAAAAUCAGCUUCCUUCAGAAGGCCAUUGAUGCUGUUGUAAUGGUAACAGGAGAGCCACUGUCAGUAAAACCAGCACGUGUUGUGGCUGGACACGAACCUGAGAAAACAAAUGAGUUUCUGCAAGCCAUUGGGAAGUGUUGCUUAAAUAAGCUGUCCAGUGAUGUUGCUGUAAAAAAGAUCUUAGCUGGGGAAAGAGCUGAUGCUAAAGGAAAAUCUCCAUCCAGUAAACCUCGAGAUACAGAAAGCAGGGAGUCUAAAACAGUAGACCAAAAAAGCCAUAGGGAUAAAGAGGGAAGAGGAGAUACUGACAUUAAAGACAGAAGUUCGAGCAGAGACAGAAAACCCAAAGGAGAUGUCAAAGAGAGCGAAGAAAGAGAAGAGGAGGGUGAAAAACAGAAGGAUAAUGAAGACAGGCACAAAGACUCUGAAAGGGACAACUUUAAGGAAGGAGAAAAACAAGAAAGGGAAAGAAACAAAAGCAGAACGACCAAGCAGGGAAGAGAAACAGAAAAAAGCAAGGGAAAAAGAGACAUAGAACGAGAAGAUAAUAUUGAAUGGAAUAAAGUACAGGAGAGGGAGAAAAAAAAUGAAGGAGGAAGAGAAACGGACAGACCGAAAGGAAGAGACAAAGAUAAGACCAGGGAGAGAGAACGAGAGAAGGACAGAGAAAAGGGAAAAGACGGUGAAAGGGACAGACAGAGAGACAAAGGGAAAGGUGGGGAGCAUGUACAAGAACACGGAAAGGAUAAAGCAGAGAAAAAGUCUACAGAUUCUGAGGAAUCCAAACUUAGAAAACUGCAGAGGCCAACUAAAGCCAGCAAGUGCCAGCCAGAUGAUGAGAGUGAAAGUCCUGCAGGAAUAUCGAGGCAGCCUUCAACAAAAGGAUCAAGGCAACGCGCCAAACCCAGAGGAGAAGGAACAGUAGAAAUGAAGAGUGUGGCAGAUGGGAUUUCAGAGGACAGUGCUGCUAAACUGCAGGAGAAAGCUGAACCAGGACUUGUAGUAAAACAGAAAGAGGAAGAAGCAGAGAACCUUGAUCCUGAAAAGCCUGAAGUAUCUGAAAAUGGAGAAGUACCCAAUGAUCUUCCGCCUCAGGCUAUCCAAAGACGUAUUCCCCGUCCCAGCAGUGCAAGGCCAGCACCACCCCGAGUAGUAAAACGCCAAGAGAGCAUGGAGGCCUUGCUUCCAGAAAGGAACAGUAGUGGUAAAGCAGUCUCAAAUGUGAACAUAGACCGGCAGGCUUCUGAUGAUGAUGAUGACCAGUUUGUGGUGGAGGCAGCCUUGCCAGUGCCUGAAAUGCCAGAGCUGGAAAUGGAGCCAGAAGUGGAUCUGGAGGAGGAUGAAAAGCAUGGAGGACUUGUAAAAAGAAUCCUAGAAACAAAAAAGGAUUAUGAAGCAUCACAAAAAUCAUCAAAGACGACAGAGAAGGAGAAGCCUUUUCUAUCAGAAGCAGCGAGGAAGAAAGAGAGAGACUUGGUAGCCAAAGAAAUGGAGAAGUUUCGGGACUCUAUUCAGACUCUGUGCCGCAGUGCCUUUACCCUUGGCAGGAUCAUGGACUACGUUCAAGAAGACAUGGAUGCCAUGAAGAAUGAGUUGCAGAUGUGGCGGCAUGAGAACAGACAGCAUGCAGAAGCUCUGCAGAAAGAGCAGAGCUGCAGGCUGGACAUCUGCGCUUCCAAGCCAGGAAUCAAAAUGAGAGAGUCUUGUGCCACCAGAAAUUCAUCUGUGGGGGCGAUGAGCAGGACAGCUCUCUUGGAAAGUCUUCACAGGACAGAAGGAGCAAUAAUUUGGAGGCAGCUUUGGGAUUGGGACUGUUCUCUUUGCCAUGUCUGAGGCCCCAGAGGCAGCUUGGAACCAGAGUGCUCUGGUAAUAGAAAUGAGGACAGAUUCAAAUAAGACAAGUGAUAUGUUACCUUUAACGCUGGGGAAAACAAAAAUGGCUCAGCAAAGCUGAGACAACAUUUCUGGAGCAAAGCAAGGUUUUUUUAAACAAUUUCCUGAUUACUUUGACUGCUUGAUCUUACAGCCCGAGUAUUGCCCUGGUGUUAUUUUUUUGCAUUUCAUUUCCUAAGACGUCCUGAAGAGCAGGGAGUGAAAACUAAAAUAAAACUUGGCAUGUAUUUUACAAGCUGUGCUGGCUUCUCCCACAGUCCCCAUCAACCCUUUGAACCACAGCUGCUCAGAUAGCUGAGGUCACUGGAAAGGCUCCUACUGACUUCUUAUGGGCUGGAUAUGCAGUGGUGUAGUUGCAAGCUUGCCCAAAAGACCAUUUUGAUAGAAAAGCUCCCACAGGCUGCAGUAGAUGUCAGGCAAGGCCUGGAAAUGAUGGUCAGUUGUCUUCUAAGAGUGUGUGCAGCAGCUCCCAAGCAUUGCUUUGUCCUUCAAGCUCAACAAGAAGAAAUGUGGUUAGAAUUUUUUUUAUUUUUU